AGAGAGAGAGCGCGAGCGCAGAGAGGGAUAAACAGAGAGCGCGAGAGAGCGAGACUAUAGGAACGCAGCGGCUCGUGUGUGUGUGCGCGUGUGUGUGUGUGAAGGUACGCUCGCUCGGUGGUUAGAAACGACUGGCGGGGCGGAUAUGGAGGGGCUCGGGAAAAACGCUGGGAAGUGACCGAGCACCGAGACCAAGAGAGAAGAGAGGAGAGAGGAAGGAAGGAAGGACGGACGGACAGCACGGAAGGAAGGAAGGAAGGAAGGAAGGACGGAAGGAAAGGAGGAGAGGAGGAGAGAGAGAAGUGUGACAGAGGAGAGGAAGACUGUGAAGAAGGGGCUCGUCUGGAACACACAAGGAUCCUAAGGAGUGAGCCCUGGGCUGGAUGGGACCCACCAUGCCCCCCAGUAAGAAGGCCCAGAGCCCCAGUAGUGGAGCCAGUGCCUCGCAGGGUAUGAGCCCGCCGUAUCGGCAGGGGGACGCCGCCACAGCAGCAUCCGAGGCGGAGGCGGCCGACCUCUCCCUGUCCCUGUCCGCCUCCUUCUCCAAGGCCGAGGACGAGGAGCUGACCAGCCUCUCCUGGCUCCAUGAGAGCACCGACCUCCUCAACAGCUUCAGCCACUCGGGGCUGCGUAGCGUCUCCCCCCUGCAGGACCCCGACGGUCAGCACCCGCGGUCACCCUCCUCCUCGUCUCCAUCCCCGGAUGACCCCCUGCUCGGUGAUGCCCACUCGGCGUACGACCUAGCAGCGGGGGCAAACAGGAAACCGCCGUACUCCUUCAGCUGUCUGAUCUUCAUGGCUAUCGAGGACGCGCCGAACAAGCGGCUGCCGGUGAAGGAUAUCUACGGCUGGAUCCUGGAGCACUUCCCUUACUUUGCAAGCGCUCCCACUGGCUGGAAGAACUCAGUGCGCCACAAUCUGUCGCUCAACAAGUGCUUCAAGAAGGUGGAUAAAGACCGGAGCCAGAGCAUAGGCAAAGGCUCUCUGUGGUCCAUAGAUCCGGAGUACAGGCACAACCUGAUCCAGGCGCUCAAGAAGACGCCGUACCAUCCCUACUCGCCCGGCCUGGCCACCCCCUCCACCUCUCCACCCACCCUGCCUCAGACAUUUCACCACAGUCCUCCAUUGUGGUCGGGGAGUCCCCUCUUCAGAAAGAACGGAGGAGUUCUCCUACAAGUUCCUCGUGGUGUGAUCCAAAAUGGCGCCCGCGUCAGGAGCCAGGCACUUUUCCCUGUGAUAAGACCCCUACCUGUAAGCCCUGUGGGGAGUAGAACCUCGGCCAUACGAUCAUCCCUGGGAGAUUAUCUAAGCCGAGGACAGGACAGCCCUUCCCGCUACUCUCCUCCGCUCUGCAGCGAGGACCUCCAGGACGACCACACUUACAGCACCGCCAAAUCCCCCAGCAGGCUGUGCUCCUCCCAGGCCGGCACCCCUUCCUCCCCUCUGGACGACGACGACAUCAUCGCCGUGGAGAUCCAAUCAGACGUCAAGCCUGAGCCCCGGGAGAUCCCUCUGGAUUCUCACAUCACCGCCACCGCCGCCGCUACCUACAUUUCCCAGCAGCCCCUGCGCGGACAGAGACGUAGCUCGGGGCCGGGAGCUGGGACUCUGGCAGGGAGCAGCUUGCCCUGGACCAAAAACCGAGCGAGGGGCAUUAGCGACACGCUGCCGCUGAAGAAGCGGCGCGCGGCGGCGGUGGAGAAGCCGCCGGAGAGCGACGACGAGGAGAUGAAGGAGGCGGCGGGGUCGCUGCUCCACCUGGCGGGGGUCAGAGCCUGCCUCAACAACAUCACAAACCGCACCGCCAAGGGCCAGAAGGAGCAGAAAGAGGCCCUGAGAAACUAACACAUAGAACAAGUACAUGACAAACACAUACAGCUCACACACAUGAACACACACAGACACGUACACACAAAUAGGUCAACAGGUAACGUUACUACAGCAUUAGUCUCAACGGACACUUCUCAUCUCCCUCUAUCUAUCUGCAGGGCAUUAGGUGAAUCCUACUUAUUUGUGGCAAUAUCAAAAAUCUAUGUUUUCCUACAUGUUCAGCAACACUAACAUCAAUGGGUAUCUCUCAUGUGUCUUUGUUGUUUUUGUUGUUUAAAAGGGGAUGAAAGCCAUACACAAAAAAAAAAAGAAAAAAAAAACGAGCAUGUUUUGUCACUAAUUUGGACGACACGACAAAACGGAAUCACAUUGAGGAGCGUUACAGUACAUAAACACAGAAGAAGAUGGCUGUUUGUCUUACCUGUUUGUUUCUAUGUGAAUCUGUAGCAAUCUCGCAGUGAUGCCAGCAAAGACGGCAGAGCCUGUUUAACAAGACUUAGAGCUCUCGCGGCCGCCGCUCUAAACGCUAAAGCGUCACUCUCCGACAUCCACGAGCACAAAUGUGAGACUGUGCCAAAGAUAAGCGACCAGGUUGCUUCAUGUAGCCGAUACGACAGCUGACAAAAAAACACACACACACACACACAAAAAAAAACCACAAGAAGGCAUAGUGAGCGGGGGAGGGGGAGGGGGGGGGGGUGACCGAAAAUAAUUGUAAAACCCAAUGUGAUAUAUAUUCAUGCACUUAAGAUUAUUUAACACCACUUAUAAUAGAAGCAUCAUGGGUAAAGACAUGGUUUAUUUCAAGAGCACUCAUAGUAUUUAAGAUAGAUAUUUUAAAAUAAAAAAAAAGGUCAUGUUUAUCACCAUAGAGAUGGAUAGUGUGCCGGGUCUGAGGCAAUAUCUCCUUCAUUUUGUUGUUGUUGUUGCAUAAUGUAAACGUCCCUUAAACCUCCCCAGUACUUCUGUCCAUAGACGUAGACACCUGGUAUAGAUAAUAUGGUCGCUACCAGUAGCCGCCACACCUUCCUCUUCAUUUUGACAGUGUCAAAGAACUAUAUACAUGAACUGUGGGUUUAGAUUUCUGUUUGUGUCUGUUUACCCUCACUCUACCUUCAUAAAGAUAUAAGCAAUUUGUCCCGUGUGGACAACUCUGUAAAAAGGUUAGAAAAUAUUUUAUUUUUUUCCUUUCUUAAUUGAAGCAAUUUGACCUGCAGGACUUUCUCAGUUAUAUUGCAUGGGUGCUUGUAAAUAAGAUAAAAAGCAAAUCUUUUUUAUUCAAAGAUCAUGUAAGAUAAACGAUGUAUUUAGCAUGAAGCAUGACUUAUUUUCAUAUAAACCUUGAUCCUAGAGGAAAGAAAAAAAGUUUUGCCGCCAAUUCUUAUACCCGUGAUUAUAUUGGAUUUUUGUUGUUGUUGUUCCUUUGAAUCUUUUGGGUUCCUUUUUUUGUUUUGUUUUGUUUGUUUUGUUUUUUUCUGAGCGGGCUUUCAAAGACACGUCUUCAGGGAGGAGCGUGGGGGGAGAUCACUCUGCAAUUUUUAAGAGGCCCUCUGGGCUUCAGGUUCAGGCUACGUAGGCCAGCUGAAUCACCUCUUAGGGGUGGGCUUCCUUCUUCUUCUGCCUGUACAGUGGUUUUUAGGUGUUCAAUGUUAACCCCAGUGUUAUUUCAGAACACAUCUGUAGAGUGUGUGAGUUUGUGUGCCCAAGGAACACACACCCUUUAACAUUGUGCCUGCCUGCCUGCCUGCCCUCAGUACCUCUGUUGUCAUGUCUCUGACAUGUUUGGACAGAACGUCUUUAUUUAUAACAGUAUUGUUUCUUUUCUUUGUGUUUUCCUCUCGCCUGUGUGUAAAUGUACGUGUCCUUAUUUUCCAUCUGUGUACGUGUUUGGAUCAGACGGGGAAACUUUGUAGGUGUCCUGAAAGAACCUCAUAUCUCCAAAAAGGCUACAAAGAAGUUGAAAAGAAAGAGGAAUGUAGGAGACGGCAUAAAAGACAGAUUUUCUUUUCAUUUACAUACAGUAUUGUUAACCCUUUGAUUAAAGGAUGAAGAUGUCAAGCUUGCAUAUUUAUCUCAAGAACCCAGUCCACAGAUAAGAUGGUUUGUUGAAUAUAUUUCGCCACUCUGCAAGGUGCAUGUGAAUCGUGAAAACACUGACUACGUUUACAUGCACAAAAUAUUCCACUUUUUCCCUUAUUCCAAAAAUGACAAUACGCCCACUGAGCUGUUAACAUGGUGAAAAACAUAAUAGAUAUUCCACCAAUAUUCCUGUUCACAUGCAGCUGUGCAUACUCCCAUUACCCUGCCCUUACUUGUUUAUCACUUCAAAAUCUAGAAAAGUGAAAUGUCUGUUAUUUUACUUUCUUUCUGGCAGCGCACCUGUUACACCGUGCAAACACAGCCUCCGUCUGUCAUUCCUGUAACACCUUCUUGAAAAGGUCAAUGUGUGGAGAUUAACUUGUCUCAUUAUUUGUGUGAAUAGAUCACAAAAUAAAAUACCUUCCACAAAUACAAAAAAAGAUGUGUGAACUCAAAAAAUAUUUUGCCAAAAAUAAAAUAGAUCUGCAAAUGCACACAUUUAACAGUUUAAAAAAAAUCUUUGAAUACGUUUAAUUAAUUUACAAAUACAUGAAAAGCAUUUGUGAUUAUCUUCCUAACAUUUAUAACGUUCAAAAACAGAUAUUUGUGAAUCUUAAUUUUACGCAAACUGAGUCUUUUUUUUUUAGUUUUGGAAUUUGUGUAUGUGCAGAUCUGUGUAAUAUAAAAAUCUUUUUUGUAUUUGUGUACAUUGUUUUAUAGUUUUUAUUUACACAUUUACGCAGAAAUUGUUGAUCUCCUCACACAAAUAAUACCAAGACAAAUCUAUCUCCAUAUCAGUGUUUUGAUAUUUGCACGAAUCCAAAAAACUGUUGAUUUCCAGGUCUGUCAUAAUAUUUAAAAGAAGCUGUGUUUCUUCUUCCGACCAGAAAUGUGGGUUUGAAUUUUGGGCAUGCAUCCAGACCAUCCUGAUGAUGUGAGCUCAACAUUCUGUCUCUCUCUCUGUAUCAGUCUGGACUCGCUGUUGCUCCAAACACUCUCCGGAAAUUAAAGUCCAAUCAGGGCCACUUAGAGAUUCAAACUGUAGUUGACAACGUAAGCAGCCAGUCAGAGACUAUGUUGUAGUUCAUGAUGUAAAAUGCAGGCCACAGCUUGCAGAACAGCAAGUAAAGUAAACACAGCAAUAAGUGACGUUAUUGCAGAAAGAGAACAAGAGGAUGCAAUCGGAGAGUUUCUUGGACAAAAAGACGUUUUCGCCGUUCUUCUGACUGCAUUUGGCGCGAAACAGGAUGUUGAGCUCACAUCAUCAGGAUGGUCUUACCAGGCGUGUAUCUUUACACCAGCCUUGCAAACUGUUGGCAAGUUGGUUUGUGUACAACUAACAGGCAAGAAGCCAUCGGAUGCAAACUGUGGUAAAAAGCCCAACUGAGACGCAUGUUCUGGAUGCACUGGAUACAUGUCCAAAGAAUGCUCCUACAACCUGAAUGAUACAGGCUAGGGCUGCCUCUUAAAGCGGGAAAUUCAAAUCAUCAGUCGGAGACACAGUCAGUCGACUGAGAUUGCUUCAAGUCAAGCAAUCUGGGUUUUGUUUUUCUGGUCCGUGUGCUCUCAGGACGUUUUAGUCUCCAGAUUUUUGCUGUGGAGUGAGCGCUCUUCACUUUCAUGCUUUUCUUUGGUACAGACAGCUGUGGACACAAUGCAGCAGCAGCUGUAAAUUUACAGCUCACAGAUACUUAAUACGACACAGUUGCUGGCUUUUCGGCAAAAAAUGUUGCACAUUACCAAUCUGUCGUCAGCGCUGUUAGCUUGUUUACCUGAUUUCCUGCUGAGCCCUGUUCAAACUUAAAAACUUUAUGUGGAAAAGAAAAGAAAGAAUCGUCAAAUAUUCGUAUUAAACAGCCCAAAUAUACCAGCAUAUCCCACGUCUUAAUUGGAAAAUGCUAAAUUCUGAAAACCUUAAAGAAUAUGCUGUUUACAUGGCCCCUAUCAAAUUCUGAAUAUUGUCAUAUUGGGAAAAACUGUGGAAUAUUAGUGUGCAUGUAAACGGAGCCACUGACCUGAUUGAAGAGCAGCAUUUGACAUUUUUGCAUCAGAAGUGAUAUAAACACUGCACUGCCAUUAUACAGCAUGCUUUGCUGAAGCAGGAAUGCAUUAAAGUAUUAAUUUCCCCACAGCUGCGGAGAUGCAGUACAUAUAAAAAGCAGCUUUGCAGGAGGAAGUGUCAGUUGUAGCAGCAGUCAGACGAGUUUUUUUGUGUUUAAGCUCAAUGGAGUGAUUGUCAGCGAGCCAAGCAGGCAAACAAAUGCAUGUCCCAUCCACUGGUACAGUCCUCUGCCACCUGUAGCAUGCAUCACUGGCUUUGCAUUUUGUAUGGUAUCCAUGCCUACAUAAAAAAGGCUAAAAGGAGACACUGUCAGUGUUCUUGUUGUGUGCCAUCCGUCUCUCGUCUGAUAUCUGUCUGAGUGCUCCCGCGGCCCAGGUCAAGCACUCUGCUGUAUUUGCAGCAACAAUCCACUGUUGUGGUGACUAAUACGUGUUCAGCUGGCAAGAGGCAUGUCGAGGGGAGAAUGUGUUGCUUUAGCAACCACCUUUUUUCCUCUGACUCACUCAGCGACAUGCAGGAAAGAUGAACUCCUGACCUGCGAGUCCUGGAAAAACACAUCAAAUAUACCGUGGACAUUUUAAAGCAAAGAAAAUAUAUGUCACUGCCUGAAAAGCCCCAAAAACAAGUGUUCGUUUCAAACCUGCCAAACAUACGAUGAAAAAAAAUACAGUUGCCAUUUUUUAUUUGUUGGUGUUUUUAUGCACAUUUUCAUUUUCUGUUUUGUUUUCUCUCUCUGACAAAAUUAUCUACAAUACUGCCAUUAUUUCUGGUGACUGUCUGAGCUGAAUAUUGGAAAGCCAUAGGUUAGAGAUGUCAAAAUGCAAAACUGUUAUUGAUCUGUGAGAUGUGAUGCAGAGUGCACCCGGGUGUUGUUUUUAUUUUUUUAUUUUUUUUCCAGUAAAUGUUCAUUUCUCUCCUUAUUGUGCAAUCAUAUUGCCAAAGAAUGAUUUCAAGACCUAUUUCAUCACUACAUGUAAAUAUCAACGUUGUCCAAUACCGUGGCAAAAAAUAUAUAAAUGUUGUUUUAUUUUGUUUUCCAUUUUCUGAAAAACUGCAAUGAUGUUUAUGUGAUGUAUUGUCUUCCAGUUGGUUGCAAUAAUAAAAAAUACGAGUUGCAGAAGA